UUAAACCUCGGGGUUGGUCAUUGCCAGCUGAAUGCGGCCCCUUGAGGCUUGAGCGUGGCUGGCCAGUGGUAAGAGAGGUUGGCAUCUCCUAGGAUUCGUGGCUUUGAGAAGAGAUUCGUCAUUUAGCAAUUGGAUAUUCAACGUCUGAACUGAUACUCGAAAUCUGAUCCAUUGUCCUCGAUAAACAAGGGUUCUUUGCUAAGCCACGUCUUAGCUAUGCUCCCGCGAUAGCCUGCCCAUCCGCCGUCACUCCGUACUCCGUCCCAUGGUCUGCUAGCUUCAGCUUCGAGCUUCGAGCCUCGCCUCGAUGUGUACUCGCCCAGCCCGGAAACGUAUUCAAGGCUGGAGAGUCUUUGCAGGACAAAAUGUUCUCCAACCCUGGCGCUCGCAAGUCUGUCGAUAGCCUCUCUCCAACAACUCCGGUCGGGCCACGCGGGGAUUUCCCUUUCCACAGGAGAGCAUCUCAAAGUCCACAUCGCCCGACACACCGGCGAGGAUCGACAGCAAGCUCUAUCCAGUCAAUAGGUGGAUCCUUAGAUACCUUGUCGACCCACGUCGUCUUCGAAUCGGGCCAGAAUGCCAUAUCGACUCUCCUCCAACCCCCAAUAGUCCGAACCGGUUUCCUUCCGCACACAUCAGCUCCAGCUUCAAGCGCGCAUAAACCUCCGACUGCACGAGACAUCCCACCAGUGGUUCUUACCAAUAUACCCCAGAUCGACGUAGAAGAAUUCAGGCCCUACCUCUCCCAGGUUGGAGCGUUGUAUGAGCAAUUGCGAAGGAUCAAAGAGAGUGAAGAUGAAGGUACAGGCGCAUCAAGUCGGCGGAAUAGCAAACCAGACGACGCUUCUGAUGUGGUUGAUGACGGCCAUUUGAAGCCGGGAAAUCGCCCUGGCUCGAUAAGGAAGGCAUCAACUGCGUCUAUCAGCUCCAUAACAUCAAUCGAAACCCCAGGCCCGAGUCGGCGCGGUUCAGGUCUCAAUAGGAGAGCUCCAGCACAUGGUCCGCCGCCGUUAUCUACGAUUCCUAACGUCUACUUCGAAGAGGACUUCCACCUUGAGAACCCACGGACUUUUGAUGUUGUGAGCGAGCGGUCUGAAGUGGUUCGGCCUGCACCCGGGACUCUAGACGAGAAGGCUGCUGCUAAUGGCCACGCAACUGCGCCCCGAAAGGCACUUGCCACCAAUGCCAUCUUACAGGAGAAGCUCUCAUGGUACAUGGACACCAUCGAAAUGCAUCUCAUACAAUCCAUCUCAACAGCAUCGACCACCUUCUUUACCGCACUCGGUUCCCUGAGAGAGCUUCAUUCGGAGGUGGCAGACUCGGUGGAGAGGAUCAAGGCGUUGCGGAAAGAACUCGAAGCUCUCGAUGAGGAGAUUGCCACCGGUGGCUUGAAUAUUGUGCAACAACGCCGACGGAGGGAGAAUAUGCGGCAGCUGCAUGAUGCGGUUCUGCAGCUCCGAGACAUUGUCGACUCGGUUGCAGCCUGCGAAGCCCUCGUCGACGCCGGGGAGACCGACAAAGCACUCGACAGCAUUGACUCACUAGAAAAACUUAUUGCUGGAGAAAGAGAUGCGUCACAUGAUGCUCGCACAACAAUGCAAUUAAGAGACCUAAGGGGGGCGACAGCACUGCAGGGCAUCAGCAGCGAUCUAGAUAUGUUGAGGGUUCGCAUUGGCAGAGCAUACGAAGCCAAAUUUGUGGAGGUCCUGAUGGGCGAUAUUCGACGUCACACAGAGAAUGUGUCAACCCAAGAGGUACUCAUGCGUUGGAACAGCGCUUCACUGCGUGCUCGAGGGGGUCAUACUCGUGAACCAUCGGUAUUCCCGUCUUACAUGUCCUCGGUCGAGGAGCUCCGUUCCGAUCUUCCACAGACCUUGGUUGGUUUGCAACGCGCAAAGCAUCUCACUGCUGCGACAAGUGCAUACCGGGAAGCUGCCUUGCGCCAUAUUAGGAGCAUCAUUAGGCGCCCUUUACCCAGCUCAAACGACGACGACAAUGAGUCGAUGAUGUCUUCUUCUACCAUGACCGGGGGACGGCAACGGUCCCAACAGGACAAAUCCUCGAUAUUGGCGAGGAACCUCCGAGCCCUAGAGCCAGAAGACGCAGAAGAGCUCCUAAUGAAGAUCUACAUUGGAGUCACCGAGACUUUACGGAGGCUCUCAACCCAAGCUAAGGUCUUGCUCGAUGUUGCAAGCUCGUUAGGAGGCGUCCCCUCAUCACCUUCUGGGAUGAGAUCACCACCAGCUAUCAGAUCCCCCUCGCUCAGCCCUACCGGCCGACAUCCAUCCUUGGAUGGGUUGGAGGCCCAGGAAGAGAUCCACAAGACCCUUGAUCUUUCCAACCUUCUUGGCCAGGCAGUUGACAUUGCACAAGACAAGAUAGUUAAACUUCUCCGAGUGCGCUCUCACCAAAGCACCCACUCAGCUUUGAUCUGGUUUCUUCGGUACUUCACCCUCAACCUUCACUUUGCAAACGAGUGCGAGGCUAUCUCUGGUCGGAGUGGGACAACGCUGAAGACGGUGGUUAAUGGCCACAUCAAGGAAUUUGUCCAGCAACAUGGAGAUGCCGCGAAAAAGCAGCUUGCUCAGGGGAUGGACUCAGAUCAGUGGAAUGUCAAGGACUUUGGGGAUAAUGAGAAAGAACUGCUAGACCAGAUCCUAGAAAGCAGCACGAAGGACGCAACAACGUGGACGGAAGGGACCAGGAUUUGGGUACCAUAUUCCGACACGGACGAGAACACCAAUGGAACCGACGAGACCGGCCAGGCCAACGGCAUGGCAAAGGCAAAAACGCGGAGCGCAGUGAUCGAGUCGGAGAGCUUCCUGCUGCCCAAUUCGGCCAUCCUCUGCAUGAAUGGCAUGGCACAUUUCUUGCAUCUGAUCGUCGGGCUGCAGUCCAUGACCAUGACCUCGGAUGUUUCGACUUCGCUCAUAUCCUACCUUCACCUCUUCAACUCACGCUGUACCCAGCUGAUUCUCGGGGCCGGGGCGACUCGCUCUGCAGGCCUCAAGAACAUCACCACCAAGCACCUCGCACUGGCCUCGCAGGCCCUCGCCUUCAUCGCCACCAUCAUCCCCCACGUCCGCGAAUUUGUCCGCCGCCACUGUGGCUCUGGCACGGCGGUCUCAUCCCUUAUGGGGGAGUUUGACAAGGUCAGGAGGCUCUACCAGGAGCAUCAGAACAGCAUCUACGACAAACUAGUCGAGAUCAUGAGCGGGCGGGCCUUGGUCGGCUCCAAGAAGAUGAAGGCUGUCGAUUGGGACAGCACUGACAGUGACACGGCGGUCAACGAAUACAUGGAGACGCUGACGAAGGAGACAACCAUGUUGCAUCGAAACCUGACCAAGCAUCUGCCCGAGAGCACCGUCCAUCUGAUCAUGGUGCCCGUAUUCGAAAGCUACAAGGACACGUUCGGUGGCACCUUGAGAAGUCUCGAGGCUCCCACCGAAGCCGGCCGGGACAGCAUGCUGCGUGACGUUGAGUUCUUCGAGUCGCGACUGGGAAAGAUCGACGGGUUUGAGGAUGCCGGCGAGCAUCUCACGAAUAUCAUUAAGUCCAAGGAGGUCAAGGAGGUCAAGACUGCUGCCGCGCCUACGCCUGCGCCCGCGGCAGCAGCGACAGCCGAUGGAGAGGGGAAACAGUCGAGCGAAGCCAGUAGUGACGCGACUGUGACGGAUGCCAACAACGGGACGGCGGGUGCCACAGAAGACACGGCUGCUUAGAUGGGGGGUGUGGUGUGUAGAACUGGGAAAGGGGUCUUGAGAGCUGUGCAUUCGGGAGAUAUAGACAUCAUGCUGUACACCCUCUUCGUGUAUAACUUGGUACCAGGCUAGUACUCGACCGGGAGGGGGGGCUGUCAUUGCUCCUGAGCAAGCGAUUGUCCGGCAGCUUUUCGCUGGUGUGUGUCCGGGGACUAGGGCCCCGAGCACACCAAGAAGAGAGUCGCUGAGGCCUGCAGUAAUUAGGUACUCCACUGUUUAUAAUAUUCAGAAAUACCCUCAUUUCAUCAUGA